UGCUGACUGCUGAGUUCAGUACAUAGCAUAGAUCUGAUACAUACAUUACUAUUUACUAGUUACUACGUAACUUCAGUCAGUUGUUGCAUGUUGCCACUUGUGGUCGUUUUGCGUUAAAAGUACAAUAUUUUUUUAUUUUAAAAUGUGCAAAACCGCAAAUUGUUGAGUUUUCUUCAUAAUUUAGUUUUAAAAAUUGAGUGAUUUAUAGUGAGAAGCGUUAAUACUACAUCACGAUGAGUGCCAGGAAAGCUGUUGACACAAAAUUCCUCGACGAUGAAAAUACGGACUCUGGUUUCCUUUCGGGGCCUCUUAGUGAACAAAACUUGACGGAGGAAUACAAUCCAGACGAAGAAUCAAAAGAAAUACAUGACGGAGCAAACGAUACACUAGACCGAACUAGUGAUAAACAAGAAAUGAAUAAAGACGACAGCUGGAAAGAUAAUAAGAGUAGUAAAGGUUUGUUAAGUGAACAUGAAGAGUUUGAUAGUGGGGUUAUUUCUAUGGAACUGAAGUCAGGUGAAAUAGACUGUCAAGAGAGAACAUCAUCACACGUCCCUGUAGAGCCACUGAUAGUGAUUGAAGAAGUUAAAAGUGACAAUUCAAUUCAGGCUCCAAAAUAUGACCUACCUCCAAUCAACAUAUUGUUUGAACAAGAUGAGGAUGGUGAUACACAACUUCACAUUGCUGCAGUCCAUGGAUGUGUCAAAUCAGUUUCCACCCUUAUAAAGAUAUGUCCUGAGAAAAAGUUACUGAAUAUUGUAAAUCGUUAUGGCCACACAGCACUGCAUCUUGCUGUACUUGCUGGACAUUAUUAUAUUACAAAAAGGCUUUUGGAUGCAGGAGCUUUAUUAAGUGUUAGAGACUGUAAUGGAGAGACACCACUUCAUGUAGCUGUUAGAAAAACACAUAUGAAAAGCUUGAAAUUUCUUCUUGAACAAUUAAAAAGAAGUCCUCGGGAAUAUCAUAAUGUAUUGGAUCAGAAGAAUUACAAGGGUCAGACGUGCCUCCAUAUCGCAGCUUCAAAUGGCAACAUAGACCAGAUAAGGACGUUAGCCUCCUAUGGAGCUAAUAUAAAUGCUAAGGAGGGAUUAGCCGGUAGCACUGCCCUUCACAUUGCAACACAGAGCCGGGACGAGGCCCUACUGCGGUACUUAUUGACUGAGACAGCGGCGGAUCGGGGAGCCAGAGACUACGCGGGUCACACAGCAAGACGCUUCGCUCGUAAUACUAGCCUGGCGCAGCUCUUUACUGAUGAUUAUUCUGAUGAUGACGAUUAUGAUUGCGAUUCAGAGAAUGAGAGUGAGGUGGUGUGGUUUGAGAUGCCUCAAAUGAUGGCUGCUUGUACGAUGAAGUGCGCAUAACACAGUUCUAUGUUCAAUUCAUAAACCGUAGCUUUAAUUAACAAGUGAGAGCACAAUUCUUGUUUGAUGGCUAGGGACGAGGUCAGAGGAAGUGGCGAAGCUAGUCUUCUAAUCGAAAUGUUAUAAUUAAUAUUCAUUUAAAAUUAUUUACUCCAAGAGUGACAGUUUAAAAGCUAUAAUGCUCAAUACAAUACACCUAUGUUUUUAUGAAUUACACAGUGCGAUGUUCAAAUGAUAUCAAAUAUGAAAUUAUAUUAAAAUGCAAUCUGAUAUAUCAGCUAUUGUAAAUAUAAUAAUUUGAACAUAUAUAUUUAUUCCUUGUAGUUAUGUCGUUGGUAAGUUCAAAUUAUUCUAUUUGGCUGUAUCAGUCGUUGCCAUAAUGAUAAGUAUACUCGUGGAACCGGAUGUUAUUUUAACUUUGUACUAUCAGAAAAAUAACAUAGUAGUAGAGUCGAUAUGUAGAUUUUGGUGUCACAUGUAAGUUGAUAGAACUCUGAAUAUUUGAAUGUUUAUUCUAAGUUUAGCAUAACAUAUAAAAAACAAAUUUAAAAAUUAAUAUUUGACAAUUGACUUUUAUACGAGUAAUCUACAGUCUUUUGUCCAAUGCCAUUAUGAGGUCGUGUGGUCUUCCUUUAUCUAAUAUAACGAUUAUUAAAUAUCUAUAUUACUUA